UGGGAGUACGACGGCCUGCGCAUCCCCAAGGGCACGACUGUCAUCCUGCCACUGUGGCCGUACCACCGCGACCCGGAGGUGUUCCCGGAGCCGGAGCGCUUCCUGCCCAACCGCUGGCUGGGCGAGCAGGGCCGCCAGCUCGGCCAGUACAGCUGGAUGCCGUUCGGCCUGGGACCGCGCGCCUGCAUCGGCAGCCGGCUGGGCAUGAUGGAGUGCAAGUUCUUGCUGGCCUACCUGCUGCAGCGCUACCGCCUCACGGCCACGCCCGAGACGAAACUGAAAUAUUACACGGGGGCGACGCUGUUUAUCGGCGCGCACCCUAUCAUGUGCAAGGUGGAAAAGCUCCAGUGAGCUGGUGACGCCGCCGCGUAAGGUGCACAGAGCUUCUUGCCCCACCAAUGCAAGGUGACUUCUACCAACUCUAGAAUGGCGCGAUGCACAGGAGUUGAAGGCGAUAUGAGUGGCUGUGUUUAGUUCACGUCUGUUUUUCACCGUUGCCACUCCAGCCCGUCACUUCGAUGCCUCCGUUCCUGCCGCCCAGCUGAUUGUGACAUGCUAUUUGCCUGCCUGGUGCGGCAGUCCGGAACUUGCUCUCUGCCUUUCAGUUUCAUGUGCUCGAUGUAUCGCGCUCAAUCCGCAGUAGGAAGUAUCAAUACAAACGCAAAGAAACGCA